ACCUGCAAAGGUCUCUCCUUCGGGCACAGGUUAUCAUCGAUGAGGCCAUGGGACGCGACAUCACGAACCAAGCUAUGCUCCAGCAGCUGGAUAUGCUGAGGGAUGCCAUGUACCAAGCCUGUUACAUGCAUGACACCUUCAUGUACCAAUCUCACAGCGAGAAGGAUGCCAAAGGUCAAGUUGUGAGUCAUUCUUUCUCUCUGUCAAAAGUAAAUCAUUUGAAAGUAAUAGAUUCUUCUAGUAGAAACACACUGAUUUUGAAACAACUGCAAGACACUCUUGACAAUUUGAACUGUAUGAUCCUUGAUAUGAAAGAGCUGGAUGUGUUCAUGACAAGCUACCCUCGCCUCUACCGCCAGCCAUAUAGCAUGCAUCUACUGCUAAGCAACUGCAUGUUCGGCCGCCAGAUGGAAGCAGAGCUUGUCCUCAGUUUCCUAUUGCACACACAACCUCAUCAUGGUGCUGAAGAAUUGGAGGUCCUGCCAGUUGUUGGUCCAGGCAAAGUUGGCAAGAGCACCCUUGUUGCACAUGUUUGCAAUGAUGAAAGAGUUCGUGGUCAUUUUUCAGAAAUCAUGUUCUUGAAGGACCAUGAUUUGAAAGAUGAAAAGUUGACCUUUCUUGUGGAAAGAUGUAUGAAGAAACAUCGAAAUUCCUUGUUGAACAAAGAUGGGAGAAUGCUAGUUGUUGUUGAGGCAGCUGGAGACAUGAACAUAGAUGAGUGGAAGAGGUUUUAUGCUGCUUCAAAACGGUGUAUGAGAAGUGGUAGUAAAUUCAUAAUCACAAGCCGGUUUGACAAGAUCACAAAGCUUGGGACGGUGGGGGAAGUAACACUGAAAUAUCUGUCCGACGAAGCAUACUGGUACUUCUUCAAGACACUUACGUUUGGAAGCACAGAUCCCAAGAUGCAUCCGAGGCUUGUUUACAUGGCCAUGGAGAUAGCCAGGAUGCUGAAUCGAUGUCUCUUAGGUGCCACCGCUACUAUCUGCAUGCUGAGGGACAACUUUGACAUCCCCUUUUGGUGCAAGUUUUUAGCCUUUCUGAGAGGUUUCAUGAAGUGGCACGCCUCCACAUUUGGUGAUCAUCCAUCUGAUGCUCUGAACCAAGAUAAACCUGGGCAUCUUGGAAGAAUGUUUAGAACUUCUGAAGAGAUCAUGGUUCAUCAUCAGUAUGAGCGCUCUUCUCAAGAGGAGAUUCCGAAGAUAGCGUUGCAAUCUGUGAUGUAUGGAAGUGUUAAGCCUCCUGCUGGGAGGUUUGAUGCCCUAGCAUGUAGAUCCCCAAUACCGCCCUACUACAACUAUAUCUAUACUUGUGAGGUUCGAGAUAUGAAAACCACAUGUGCUAAGAGGAAGCGUUCUUAAUUAAUUUUGACAUUUGAAGCUUCUUUAAGAGAGAGUGUGUGUACACAUCUGUACAUGUUAUAAACAUAAUAUUCAAAAAAUGAUGAUAUGACGCCACAUGUUAUGACCUUGCCAUA